AUGUAUGGAAUAAAAUACCUGCACACCAAGCCGUAUCAUCCACAAGCCAAUGGUCUCGUUGAACGUCUACAUCGUCAGCUUAAAUUAGCACUUUUGUGUCAUAAAAAGUCAUUGUAUGACGCAUUACCAGCCGUUUUGCUCGGCUUACGCGCUGCCUGGAAAGACAACAUGCAGACGACACAAGCUGAAUCAGUAUACGGUGAGCCUAUCCGAUCACCUGCACUGGCCGAAAUGUCGCGUCAUGGCAAGCAUUUUGUUUUCUGUUUCAGGAGCCUUAGUACUUGCAGUCACGUACUGGUACGGAAUGACCAGAUUGGACCAUCUUUCUCAGCGCCGUACGAAGGACCAUAUCGUGUAAUAACUCGACACAAUAAAUACUUCAUCGUCGAUUUCCGAGAACGACAAAUCGUCAUUGCAAUAGAUAGAUUGAAGCCGGUUUACGAGGCGAAUUCAGUCGACACAGCAACAAUAACGACAAACUCCCAACCGGAUAACACAGCAACCGAGACCCGGAAACGCUGA